CGAGACUUUCAGUGUUUCUAAACUCUACAGCUAACAAUCUAGCAGCGAAUCGUGACAAUUCCAUGAAUGGAAUAAAGUGUACAAAUGACUAAGUUUAAACUAUGUUGUGACUUACGAACACACAUUGUGUUUAGAAUCUAAAACAAAAUAGUUCUAAGCAGUUUAUUUCAUUAGAUUGUUGCUACAAGCGGAACAAUAACUAAAAACACUUGCCAAUAAUACCCGGAACUUAUUAGGGUGAAGUGAACACAGUGAAAAUGCAGCUGGGAGCGUUAGUUUUUUUAUUAUACCUUUUAUUUCCCGCCUUUUUUGCUGAGGACGUAAGCUAUCAAGCGUGUGUGGACAAAUAUUCAAGAAAAGGCUACCAGCCGUGGCAGGAGUGGUCAGAUCACUACACGUGUCACAGAUAUCGUUGUGAAAUAAGAGAUGGAAAAUAUUUUAUAGCAGCAGUCGGGUGUAGAAAACCAAAAAUACCCGAAAACGCCCUAGAAUGUCAUGAGUACAUUGAAGAUGAAAAUGUGGAGUUCCCCACGUGCUGCGCCAGAUUAAGAUGCGUUGUUGAAGUUAACGGCGAGAGGAUAGUUCAAACAAGAGGUCAGCCUGGUGAACUAUUCCCUGACAAGCCAUGGAAGGGCCAGCAAAAUGAGCCAAACCCCGCGGUAGUGGGUAUGAGUGGCAUCCAGCAGAAUACAGUGGGAGGUGAACCGCAAGGACAGCCAGCGCCCGGCAUAUUCAACAGCAGAGGAGCAGCGGAUGGCAACGAUAUUAAUGGACGGCGCUACGUAGAUCCAUACCCCAGUCAACAAAUGCAAGAAUCACCAAGAAAGAAGAGAUCCACAGUCUACCCUCUCUUCGAUAGGACACUCGGACGAGAAUCCGGCUCUUACCAACCUCACCAAGUCAAAAUACACGGAUACUCGCCUGAACGAUACACCUCUUACUUUUCCAAUAACAAUCUCAAAAGCCUUUCUAACCCUAAAUUACAUCUCAAUAUCAUGUCCUAAAUACUCAUAUGUAUUACUUUGUUACCUAUGUACCUACUAUUCGCACUAUUUAACUAUCGUUUUAAUUUAUAAUCUUGUGUAAUGCUUUUGUUAGUAGUGUAGAGAACUGAUACAAAACACUAAUUUAAGCCGUUGUUCUGUUUUUUGUUAUUAUACAGUAGCAAUUUGUUAAUCUCUGUAUUUGUUGAUACAUUAUUAUUAAAUGUUUAGUAAAUA